GGGCCAUCCCGUCCAAGCGUGGGUCUUCCAGCCGGCAGGUCCACGGCUGGCAGGCCUGUGCCCUCCGGUUACGAGGAGGAGGAGGCUGCCAAAGACCAUGGGCUGAAACAAUCACCAGCGCAGCCUCCAGGCCGUCUGCCCAGCAUCGAUGAGACCCGACCAGACGGCACGGGCCCGGCCUCCCGCCGUGGCUCCGUGCUAGGUCCCGCCUCGUCCUUUUCGCGCCGCAACUCGCGGGCCGGGCCAGACGCAGGUCUUCGGGGUCGGCGGCCAUCCCUGGGCCCCUUGCCCCCUCUAGGCUCGUGGGUCAGCUCCUCUGGCUUACUCCUGGCGACCGCCCGCUGAGCAGCGCCCUCGUACCGCACGGAGUCGGCGCCACGGGAGCGCUGUGAGGCCGCGUACACACAGCAGGCCCUGGAAGCGGCGUUGGAGGCAGGAUUGCGCGAAGCGUGCUCCUCCCACGCCGAGGCCGGGCGGCUGGCGCCGGAGCUGUGUGAGCUGGUGCACGUGCGCCUGCGCGAGCUCAGCCCGCCGCGCUACAAGCUGGUGUGCAGCGUGGUGCUGGGGCCGCGCGCCGGACAGGGCAUGUGCGUGGUCAACCGCGCGCUCUAGGACUGGGCCCGCGACAGGCUGGCCACGGCCGCAGUCACCAACGCCUCCUUCUUCGCUGUGGCCACGGUCCACAGGCUCUACUGCGAGUGAGGACUCCCCCGAGUUUUGCAAAAACGGUUUAUUAUACCAGGAGGAGGCCCUCCCUGGGGCUCACAUCCCAAUAAAUAAAUGUCUGUCAAUAAAUAAAA